CACUCCGCCCCCGGAGUCCAAGGGUCCAGUGGGAGCGGGUUGCCCUGGGUUGGGCACUGCGAGGGAGCCUGCUCCGGGGAGAGUUGGCAGGUGGGCAACAUGAGUUUCGAGGAGCUGCUGAGUCAGGUGGGCGGCUUUGGGCCCUUCCAGCUGCGGAAUCUGGUCCUGCUGGCCCUGCCCCGGCUGCUGCUGCCCCUGCACUUCCUCCUGCCUGUCUUCCUGGCUGCCAUGCCUGCUCACCACUGCGCCGUGCCCGGGGCCCCUGACAACAGCAGCAGCCGAGAGGAGUGGCUUCGGGCCCACCUGCCCCAGGAGCCGGAUGGCACACUCAGCUCCUGCCUCCGCUUCACCCAUCCCCGCUCCCCCUCCAACUCCACGCUGUGGGGAGGUGGGCACAGCCCUGGCACACUGGAACCGGAGCCCCCCACAGUGGCCUGUCCCCAGGGCUGGGAGUACGACCGCUCGGAGUUCUCCUCCACCAUCGUAACCGAGUGGGACCUGGUGUGUGAGCAGAAAGGCCUGAACCGAGCCACAUCCACCUUCUUCUUCGUCGGUGUGCUGGUGGGGGCUGUGGCCUUUGGCUACCUGGCAGACAGAUUUGGACGCCGCCGCCUGCUACUGGUGGCCUAUGUCAGCACCCUGGUGCUGGGCCUGGUAUCGGCCGCUUCUGUCAGCUACGCCAUGUUCGCCGUCACCCGCACCCUCACUGGCACAGCUCUGGCCGGCUUCACCAUCAUCGUGAUGCCACUAGAGCUGGAGUGGCUGGACGUGGGGCACCGCACCGUGGCGGGCGUCCUGAGCGGCACCUUCUGGACAGGGGGCGUGAUGCUGCUGGCACUGGUCGGGUACCUGAUCCGAGACUGGCGAUGGCUUCUGCUGGCUGUCACCUUGCCUUGUGCCCCAGGCAUCCUCAGCCUCUGGUGGGUGCCUGAGUCUGCCCGCUGGCUUCUGACCCAGGGCCGUGUGGAGGAGGCCCACAGGUACCUGCUCCACUGCGCCAAGCUCAACAGACGGCCCGUGGGUGAGGGCGGCCUGAGUUGGGAGGCCCUGAGCAAGGUGGCCGCUGGGGAGCGCGUGAAGCAGAGACCCUCGUACCCUGACCUGUUCCGCACCCCUCGGCUCCGGCACAUCUCGCUGUGCUGCAUGCUGGUGUGGUUCGGCGUGAACUUCUCCUAUUACGGCCUGAGCCUGAACGUGUCCGGGCUGGGGCUGAACUUGUACCAGACGCAGCUGCUGUUCGGCGCCGUGGAGCUGCCCUCCAAACUGCUGGUCUACGUGGCGGUGCGCCGCGCCGGACGCCGGCUCACACAGGCGGGGACGCUGCUGGGCGCUGCCCUGGCUCUGGGCGUGCGGACGCUGGUGCCCUCUGGUGAGCCUCACCCCGCAGCCGAGAGCAGCGCAGGUCUUGGGGAGUGGGGGCUCUGGAGCACCGCCCUGGAGGUGAUGGGGAAGGGUUUUUCCGAAGCGGCAUUCACCACGGCCUAUCUGUUCACGUCGGAGUUGUACCCCACCGUGCUCAGACAGACCGGCAUGGGGUACACUGCACUGGUGGGCCGGCUGGGGGGCUCUCUGGCCCCCUUGGUGGCCUUGCUGGAUGGAGUGUGGCUGUCACUGCCCAAGCUCACGUAUGGGGGUGUCACCCUGCUGGCUGCCUGCACCGCCCUCCUGCUGCCGGAGACCAAGCUGGCAAAACUGCCAGAGACCAUCCAGGACGUGGAGAGAAAGAGCCUCCCGGAGGAAGAGAUGCACAUGAAGCAGCUGGAGGAUUGAGGAGGACCAGGGCCACAUCCUCCCUGGGAGCUCUGCUACAGGGCCUCUGCUUUCCAUGUUACCAGGCCCCGAGCUGCCACCAGUGCCCCCUCCCUGUGCGCACCAAGCCUUCCCUAGUCGGCCUCCAGCAAUGGAGCAACAUCCCAGCAUGCAGUGGGCUGCUAGAGCGUUUAGCAUCCUCCUCCACUUUCCUGGCUGGGGGAGUGUGUGAAUGAAGGCUUCUGUUGGGUUGGGAUGGCAACGAGUUGCUGGUGGUGGGUGGGGGGAACCCUUGACAGGAAGCCACUGGAUUAGGUCUGUGCAUGGAUCCCAGCAGUACCUGAUUGGCUGUGUAACCUUGGAAGUCGAGGAAGUCACAACAGGAUCUACUGUCAUACUCAAAUGGAAUGACAUUGUAGAGAUGCUGUUAACGAAAGGGUCUGUCCAACGAUGACCUCUGGCGCCAAUCUGACUGGUGGGCAUGCCCAUGGUGUGGGCAGGGCCAGGGGACCAAGGGACGAGAGUUCCUUGUUCCCAUAGCUUCUUCUGUUACCACCUAGGCACUAUACUCUGCAGGCCAAGGCAUCGCUUGGCCUCUGUCCCUGCGCACACACAGACACACACUCUCCAGAUGCGGGCGAGGCCUCAUGCCCGCAGAAGAGUCGAAAGCGUGGGAGGAAGCAUUUCACUGGAGAAUCCAGGGAGGCUGCAGUUCAAUAAACAUGGUUUUAUGAGG